CUAGUUCCCGCCAAAUGUGUGGCGCGGUUUUCUUUUCAGUCAGCAUAUAGUCCCGCUCAGCUGUCUCUGGCUAAAUGUUUCCUCUAAAUCUUCGCCAAGAUCAGAUUGAGAGCUGGAGCUAUCUAUCAACCAGAUCCUUGAGAUUCAGCUGUAGGUGCUUUUUUUUGCAAGAUUACAUUUUUUUCAAUUCGACUGCUGCAGCGAUUUAGGGUUUUGUUAUGAGUGCUGCUGUUAUUCGUUUACUUGAAUUGUUUCAUUCUGCAAUAGAACCCGAUACCCAGACACCCCAAUCCUCAGAUUUCCCCAGAUAUAGCAGUGUGAGCAAUUGAGCUGUUAAGAUUCUGACUGGUUGGAGUGUUAGACUAUGGAACUAAGGAAAGCUGGCACUUCUUUGCACUCUAUCCAAACUAUAAGGGAUGGGUUGGUUGUAAAGAUGUCCAAUAGAAAUGGAACACCAGCUCUUAAUUUCAAAUAUCUGGAUGAGAUUUAUGAAAGCAGAGGAUUGAAACCCUUUUUCACUCUCAAUUCUGCAGAAAAGUGUGUCAAGAGUGAUAACCAAUUACCACUGCCAUUUGCAGACAGAAUAUUAAGUGAAAACAAUGAGUUUGUUUCAUGUGGCAGUGGCAGUGAAAGUGACUCGGACAACAACGUAUUUGUGGGUAUGACUCUAAAGCAAGUCAAGGAGAGGUGCAAAACCAAGAAAAGGAAACUUCGGAGUCUUUCUAGUAUUAUUCGAGAACAGGAAGUCUUUAAUUGUGAUGAAGAGGAAGAUGAAGAUCUCAAUGUUCCACUCAGUGUUUUCAAAACAAAAGUAUCAAAAACUAAGAGGGAAUGCAUCGAUGGGAACCCACAUCCUUCUUCAGAAACUGCUAUAUCAAACUCAACAGAACAUAUAAUUGGACCUGAUUGCACCUUACAACUCAAUGGGGAAUCAGCUUCUUUAGUUCCAACUGUCAAAGAUGAAGUUCUUGAAGAAGAUUUCACUGGGAACCAAUGCAUAGAUCCUUUAAUUGAUUGCUCCUCCUUUAACUGCGAUGAAGAAUCAAGUUGCAGUGGGUCAAUACUUGGUGAAGUUCCUGAUGCGGUUGAAGUUCAAGAAAACAUGACUAUGUUGUUUGCUGAAGAACAACAAUGUUGUACUCUUAAUGAAAUGUCAACGAAUUAUGACUUGGACUGUGCUGAGACUGAUAUUCACUUGAUUGAAGUUGAAGCUGGGCAAGAAAUGUGUUCAAGUCAGGAAAAUGAUAUUACAACUAGCCCUAUUGAAACAAUUUCUCCCAGGGGUUUCCUGACUAACUCAAGCUCUAAUCAUGUUUUAAAAUCUCCAGAAGAUGGUGGUGCCUCUUCUUUGAUCCAGCUUCCAAAAUAUUCCUCUGCUGAUACAAGAAAUAGUUGUUUGAAUACCUAUGUAUUACAAGAUGAGUCAUUGACAUUGAAAACAUUGGAAGACAAUAAAUCUCUAGAUAUGGUUGAUGAAAUAAUAGAUCCCAGCAUUGAAACGCAACCAUCAAAUCAAAUCUCAUCGGAACUGCUACAACCUCCUCAAAGGUUUCCUUCUCUUCGAAAGGCUAUAUCCCCAGCUUCCCAAGAAAGGCUUUGUUUGCAAAUGAAAUCUGCAGAUUACUUUGAUGAAGCAGAGAUUGGCAUAAAACCUGUGCUUGGGCAAAAUGAAAAUUAUAAACCAUCUGAUCAGGCUUGCCAACCUAGAGUUACUAUAAGGCGUGAGCAGAUCAAGAGAAAAUUUAAGAAGAAUAGCCACCAAGGAUUUCCACAUAGAGGCAAUUUGGAUGGCCCACUAUUUUCUCGAUCUCUACCUCAACUUAGCAGUGGAUCUGCCUCCAUCGACAGCUGUUCGAACAGUGCAAUAGCAUUUUCACAGCGGCAGAUGCAUGAUUUUGAGUCUCUUGCAAUGAAACUGUUGUAUGAGUUGAAAUCCAUGAAAGACGUGGUUGAAGAAAAGUUGCUUUUCAAAGCUUAUCGCAGUGUUUGCGGGAAAAAUGAAGUAGAUGAGGUGAGAAACACAAUUAAUAACACUAAGAAAGUUGAGGAAACAGCAAGAAAGUGGAUGUCCAUGAUGUCAAGGGACUGCACCCGCUUUUGCAAACUCAUGGAAAUACAGAAACAGAGUCAAAAUGAUACAACUUCUAAGGGCACAGAUCAAAGGGAUAGGAAGAUUACUUUUGCUGAUGAAGCUGGUGGUAUGCUUUGUAGUGUGAACUAUUUUGAUGCUGUAAGCUCUCCACUACUGCCAUGUGGUGAUGAAAACCAAGAAGAGCAAGACCCUAUAGACUUGUGAAAUUACACCCACAUUUGAAAUUUAUUCCUCCCCUCUGAUCCAUUUUUCGGGCAAAGCAAAAGAGUUGGAGCAUCCUGAUGGAGGCUUUUGCUUUCAGUUUCAUGUGUGCAACUCUCGUUCAGCUUAAUUCAUCAUUGUCUUACUCCUAGUUCAGUCCAAAGUAUAGCUUUGUGAAUCAAUCAGAUACCGAUCAAGAGAACAUAGGACUUGGGUGCUAAAAGUUUGUAGAACUGAUGUGCAAAUGAUUUGGAACAUUUGCAUUGCUACUUACUGUUCCCAUCUGGUGCAUGUUGACUAAACUUUUAUACAUUUCAUGUAUUGCUG